AUGCACCCCGUCACCCACAACUCAUUCGACGCUGGCCCGACGCCACCUCCCUUCAAGCCUCCACCGCCGAGCAGCGUCCCGUCGCGCGCGCAUUCCGUUCCGAACUUCCCUGUCCGUUGCUGUCGCUGCCGCAUCGCGAUCCACGGCUUUAUUUCCUCACUUGCGGUGGAUUUAGCCUAUUCAGAAAUCCAGUUGACGCAGAAACUCCCCCUGCUUUUGCGGUCUCCUGGGUCCGCCGUCGAGCUCGGUGGGGGCGCACGCAUUGGCCGGGUGCUAGCGUGGGCCGGUGUACCCCAUGUCGUUCAUCGGGUGACGCUCAUUGCCUACCACGUCGAGUAG